AUGGCUCUGCAUUGUCCCCACGCUCCUGCAGCCCAACCCACCUUGCCACUGGCCCCCCUGCCUAACCCACAUCCUACCGUCCCUGGUGGCCCAACCUGCCUCCCCACUGUCACCGUACCCUGGCAACCUAACCUGCCUCCCAACUGUCACCAUGACCUGGCAGCCCAAUAUGGCUCCCCAAUGUCCCUGAGGCCCAGUGGUCCAAACUCACCACUCCCACUGUCCCUGCACCCUGUUGGCCCAACCUACCUCCCUUCUGUCCCAGUGGCCCAAUUCACCUCCCCUAAGUCCCGCAUUCUAGCAGCACAACCAUUCUCCUCACUGUCCUUCUGCCCCAGCCUGACUCUUCACCGUCCCCACGGCUCAACCUGCAUUCCAUGCUGUCCCCACACCCUGGUGGCCCAACCCUUUUUCCCACAGUCCCACGCCCCAGCAGUCCAACCUGAUUCCCCACUGUCCCCAUACCCUGUCAGCCCAACCCCGCUUCCCCAUCAUUCCCAUGGCCCGUCGGCCCAACCAUCCUCCCCACCUGUUCUUGAGGCCCCUCAUCCCAAACCUGCCUCUCCACUGCCCUUCACUCUAGUGGCCCAACCAGCCUACCCUCCAUUUCCCUGUCCCAGCUGCUCAACAAGCCUUCCCACUGUCCCUUCACCCCGCGAGCUCAUCCAGCCUCCCCAUCAUUCUCACGCCCCAGCUGCUCAACCAUCCCACCUGCAGGGGCCCAACCAGCCUCCUACAACCUUGGCGGCCCAACUAGUGAGAGAGAGCAUCUUAUGGAGAUGCUUCUAUCCAAUUAGCACCUCUGCAUAA